AACCUUCUAAUAAAUAAAGACGAUCUGAGGGCCGCCUCCUUAUUCCGGUUCAAAAUUAUUAUAGAUCAGUGCAUAUCAAUAUUCUGUCGAAAAAGAAGUCGAUACGCAGUUAAAAGUUGAUUGUAGACGUAUGGGGAUUGUUUUUCUGCGUGUCGGCACAUUUGCAGAUGUUUUGUUUGCGGCUCCCACGGCGAGAUUAUCAAUUACAAUCACCAAGCGGCUGCCGGUGGGGUAUCGGUCGCGCUGUAUCCGUUCACCACCUCACUACAACACCGUACGUCGUCGCCGUCGGUCCCAGUGCGUUCUCGAUUACGAAUUUACACACAAAAAAUUGUCGCAACUUUUCCUGCCGCACAAAGAAGCAAACGAAGACGAUCAUAAUCGGAUUCAGAAUAAUUGGUACAUUCUGGAAUCAAAAUGUGCUUCAGGGAAAACUAAAGUUUUCUUAAUGAAAGAAUAACAACGGUUUGCUUCCAGCCAUGUCAAAUGUGAGCGGCGUCGACAACAAUAUGAAUAAAACAGAUAUAAACGACCAUAAGAUCAAGCAAUCCGGAGACAUCGAAAAAGGUCGGAUUGAAUAUUUAGCAUCUAGUGUACCGUGGAGUAAAGUCAUGGUGUUUGUUGUGGCUGUCUGCGUUUUGUUAGCGGCGUGCGCUACAACUUGGGUUUUCCAAGGCUGGCAGACAAGUCUUCAAGUCCUCGCUAUAAUUAUUGUUGUUUAUGUUAUUUUAUUUUAUUGGAGAUGGCUUUGGGUGGCGCUGAGGACGGCAAAGAGAGAUUUCUCGGCCCUAUUUUGCUAUUUGAAAAUCUUAUCAUUGACGAGAUCGUUUUCGAAAAAGAAUUUCUCCAUGCCCGAAAUAUUCCACAACGUGGUGUUGCGACAUCCUGAUAAAGCUUGCUUUCUCUACGAAGACGAGACGUGGACUUUUAAACAGAUUGAAGACUUUAGUUUGAGGGUGUCAGCAGCAUUGAAAAGUAAAGGUGUGAAGCGUGGGGACACGGUGGCUGUGAUGGCGGGCAACUACCCCGAGAUGCCGGCCAUGUGGUUGGGCGUCGCGCGCCUCGGGGCGGUCGCGCCACUCAUCAACACCAACCAGACUGGCAACACUCUCCUCCACUCAAUCAAUGUCGCCAAAUGCAACUUUGUUAUUUACUGCAGCGAGUUUGAUGAUGCGUUCCAGGAAGUAAAGAAAGAUUUGGACCCUUCGAUAAAGUUGUUAAAGUUCACUCGGCGUCCAUUGAACGUAUCAUCCGACUCAGUUAAAGUUGUUGAAGAUUCAAACGAUUUCACGGGACUUCUCGAGAAUACAACACCAGCCGCCUGGAGCCCCUCUGAUAGCGAUGGUUUCAACGGAAAGCUAUUGUAUAUUUACACUUCUGGAACUACUGGAUUACCUAAAGCUGCUGUUAUCUCGCCUUCAAGAAUGGUGUUCAUGGCUUCGGGAGUUCAUUACCUUGGGGGUUUGUCGCCAAAAGAUGUGAUCUACUGUCCCAUGCCUCUGUACCACUCUGCCGGGGGCUGCAUCACUGUGGGUCAGGCUUUCAUCUUUGGCUGCACAGUCGCUUUGAGGAACAAAUUUUCAGCUUCCGCGUAUUUCCCAGAUUGCGUCAAAUUUAAUGCAACCGCUGCACACUAUAUCGGCGAAAUGUGUCGCUACAUACUGGCAACUCCUCCAAAACCUACCGACAAACAGCACACUGUCCGCACGGUUUAUGGAAAUGGAAUGAGACCUACUGUCUGGAGUGACUUCGUUAACAGAUUUAACAUCAAAAGGGUGGUUGAGUUUUAUGGUGCUACCGAAGGAAACGCUAAUAUAGUUAAUAUUGACAAUAAGACUGGAGCUAUCGGCUUUAUAUCUAGGAUUAUUCCUGCGGUAUAUCCCAUCGCUAUCAUCAAAGUGGACGAGCAUACCGGAGAACCUAUAAGAAAUUCCCGCGGACUCUGUCAGCUGGCAAAAGCAAAUGAACCAGGAGUGUUUAUUGGCAAAAUAAAUCCGAGCAACCCUUCACGAGCUUUCCUUGGAUACGUCGAUAAACAAGCCUCUGAAAAGAAAAUUGUCAGAGACGUAUUUAAGCAUGGCGACUCAGCAUUUAUAUCGGGAGAUAUCCUGAUAGCAGACGAGUUGGGCUACUUGUACUUCCGGGAUAGAACCGGGGACACAUUCCGAUGGCGCGGCGAGAACGUCAGCACCACUGAGGUGGAGGCCGCCAUCUCCAGAGUCGCUGAUCAAAGGGAUGCUGUUGUUUACGGUGUAGAGAUUCCUAACACGGAGGGUCGAGCGGGAAUGUGCGGUAUAGUUGACACGGAUGGCAGUUUAGACCUGGAGAGAUUGGUCAAAGACAUGGCGAGAGAUCUGCCCAAAUAUGCUCGGCCUGUUUUUCUUCGUGUCAUGGACAGUCUUGAUAUGACAGGUACAUUCAAACUAAAGAAAGUGGAUUUACAAAAAGAAAGUUACGAUCCAUCGAUAAUAAAAGACAAGAUCUACUACUUGGACCCUAAAUCAGAAAAGUACAUUAGCUUAAGUCCUGACGAAUAUGAAAAAAUUAAGACAGGACAGAUAAGACUGUGAUUUUAAUUAAGAAUUAGACAUUGUUUUUAAUAUUACUUAUUUAUAUAAUUUUAAAGAUAAUUAGCUGAGAAUUGGACAAUUGGUGGAUGUUUAGUUAACAUUUUAUAAAAAUUCGUUGUCAAGGAAAUAGUAUUUUAUGUGAAAUGGAUUCGCCUAUAUCGAGUAUCGAUAGCUGAUAAUUUGAGCCAGCUUGAUGGCUUCAGCAUUCCUGUUUCCUGUUAUGGUUAUAGUUCCAAUGUUCGCAACUAUUCAGCUGAUUAGAAUAGGCUGGCUAGACUGUAAACAGUAUUCAAGCCAGGGACAAAAAUUUAACAAUUUUGAAUACCGUUUGUACUGUAAAGUUAUGUUUUAUUUCUGUAUUAGGUUAAGUUACUUUUUUAUGUUUUUUUGGGUCAAUUUUAUUUCCUUUAUGUAGACAACCUAAUAAAAUCUAUUUUCAUGAAAA